UCAGAAGUUACUUUCACUUUGUUCCCGUUGUGACGCAGAAGUUUUCCUCGUCGUUAAACUCUUGUAUUAGGAUGCAGCAGCAGAGACCUGGACCUGGACCUGAAGAUGGACCUGGAGAUGGACCUGGAGAUGGACCUGAACCUGGACCUGGAUCCAGCUGUGUGUCCAUGAAGAGUGACAGGUAUAUGGAUCACCCUCUUACCUUUAAAUCUGGACGUCCUGCAGAGGGAAGGAUCCAGCAGCAGAGACCUGGACCCAGCUGUGAGUCCAUGAAGAGUGACUGGUCUAUGGAGUCUCCUAUUUACUUUAAAGCUGGACAAAGUGCUGAUGGAAGAGUUCUGCAGGAGUUCUCAGAGGUUCCCAGUGAUCAGUCCGCCCCGAAGCAUCACACAGACCUGGACUCCAUAUUUAUGCUGCUGGAGGAGAACAUCGUGACUUUUGUGAAGAACGAGCUGAAGAAGAUCCAGAAGGCUCUGAGUUCAGAUUACCCAGAAGGCUUAGAGAGUCAGAGUGAGGAUGAGGAGGUGUUGGACGGUGAGGAUGAAGAGCAGAGGAGCAGCAGAGAGGCAGUUCUGAACAUCACCCUGCACUUCCUGAGGAGCAUGAAGCAGGAGGAGCUGGCUGAGCGUCUGCAGAGCAGAUCUCCUGCUGCAGUGUGCAGUAAACUCAAAUCCACCCUGAAGGAGAGGUUCCAGUGUGUGUUUGAGGGCAUCGCUAAAGCAGGAAACCAAACCCUUCUGAACCAGAUCUACACAGAGCUCUACAUCACAGAGGGGGGGUCUGCAGAGGUCAACAAGGAACAUGAGGUCAGACAGAUUGAAUCAGCAUCCAGGAAACCACACAGACCAGAAACAACCAUCAGACAAGAAGACCUCUUUAAAGCCUCACCUGGAAGAGAUGCACCAAUCAGAGCAGUGCUGACAAAGGGCGUGGCUGGCAUUGGGAAAACAGUCAUAACACAGAAGUUCACUCUGGACUGGGCUGAAGGCAAAGCCAACCAGGACAUCCAGUUCAUAUUUCCAUUCACCUUCAGAGAGCUGAACGUGGUGAGAGAGAACAAGUACAGCUUGGUGGAACUUGUUCAUCACUUCUUCUCUGAAACCAGAGACGCAGGAAUCUGCAGGUUCGAUCAGUUCCCGGUCGUGUUCAUCUUUGACGGUCUGGAUGAGUGUCGACUUUCUCUGGACUUCCUCAACACUGAGAUCCUGACUGAUGUCACAGAGUCCACCUCAGUGGAUGUGCUGCUGACAAACCUCAUCAGGGGGAAGCUGCUUCCCUCUGCUCGCCUCUGGAUAACCACACGACCUGCAGCAGCCAAUCAGAUCCCUCCUGAGUGUGUGGACAUGGUGACAGAGGUCCGAGGGUUCACUGACCCACAGAAGGAGGUUUACUUCAGGAAGAGAUUCAGAGAUCAGGAGCAGGCCGGCACCAUCAUCUCCCACAUCAAGACCUCACGAAGCCUCCACAUCAUGUGCCACAUCCCAGUCUUCUGCUGGAUCUCUGCUUCAGUUCUGGAGGAGGUGUUGAAAACCAGAGAGGGAGGAGAGCUGCCCAAGACCCUGACUGAGAUGUACAUCCACUUCCUGGUGGUUCAGUCCAAAGUGAAGAACAUCAAGUAUGAUGGAGGAGCUGAGACAGAUCCACACUGGAGUCCAGAGAGCAGGAAGAUGAUGGAGUCUCUGGGGAAACUGGCUUUUGAGCAGCUGCAGAAAGGCAACCUGAUCUUCUAUGAUCACGACCUGACAGAGUGUGGCAUCGAUAUCACAGCAGCCUCAGUGUACUCAGGAGUGUUCACACAGGUCUUUAGAGAGGAGAGAGGACUGUACCAGGACAAGGUGUUCUGCUUCGUCCAUCUGAGCGUUCAGGAGUUUCUGGCUGCUCUUCAUGUCCAUCUGACCUUCAUCAACUCUGGAGUCAACCUGCUGGCAGAAGAACCAACAACCUCCCAGCAGUAUGAGGUCAAACCUGAACUCUCACAUCUCUACCAGAGUGCUGUGGACCAGGCCUUACAGAGUCCAAACGGACACCUGGACUUGUUCCUCCGCUUCCUCCUGGGUCUUUCACUGCAGACCAAUCAGGAACUCCUACGAGGCCUGCUCACACAGUCAGGAAGUGACUCAGGGACUGAAGAGGAAACAGUCCAGUACAUCAAGAAGAAGAUAGAAGAGGCUCCCUCUCCAGAGAGAAGCAUCAACCUGUUCCACUGUCUGAAUGAACUGAAUGAUCGUUCUCUAGUGAAGCAGAUCCAACAGUCCCUGAGUUCAGGAAGUCUCUCCACAGAGAAUCUCUCUCCUGCUCAGUGGUCAGCUCUGGUCUUCAUCUUACUGUCAUCAGGAGAAGAUCUGGACGUGUUUGACCUGAAGAAAUACUCUGCUUCAGAGGAGGCUCUUCUGAGGCUGCUGCCAGUGGUCAAAGCCUCCAACAAAGCUCUACUGAGUGUCUGUAACCUGUCAGAGAGAAGCUGUGCAGCUCUGUCCUCAGUCCUCAGCUCCCAGUCCUCUAGUCUGAGAGAGCUGGACCUGAGUAACAACGACCUGCAGGAUUCAGGAGUGAAGCUGCUGUCUGCUGGACUGGAGAGUCCACACUGUGAACUGGAGACUCUCAGUCUGUCAGGCUGUCUGGUCACAGAGGAAGGCUGUGUUUCUCUGGCUUCAGCUCUGAGCUCCAACCCCUCCUCCCAUCUGAGAGAGCUGGACCUGAGCUACAAUCAUCCAGGAGACUCAGGAGAGAAGCUGCUGUCUGCUGGACGUGAAGAUCCACUCUGGAGACUGGAGACACUCAGGAUGGACCAUGGUGGACUGCAGUGGUUGAAACCUGGUCUGAGGAAGUAUGCCUGUGAACUGGAGCUGGACUCAAACACAGCUCACAGAGGACUCAAACUGUCUGAAGACAACAGGACGGUGACACUUGUGAGGAGGGAGGAGCCAUAUCCUGAUCAUCCAGAGAGGUUUGACUUCUACGAACAGCUGAUGUGCAGAGAAGCUCUGACUGGUCGCUGCUACUGGGAGGUCGAGUGGAGCGGAAAGGUUCAUAUAGCAGUGACUUACAGAGGAAUCAGCAGGAGAGGAGACAGUAAGGACUGUAGGUUUGGAUGGAAUGAUCAGUCCUGGAGUCUGAGAUACUCUGACGGGUGUUACUCUGUCUGGCACAAUGAGAGAAGAACACGCACCUCCUCCCCCUCCUCCCCCUCUGGUAGAGUAGCAGUGUAUCUGAAUCAUCCUGCUGGUUCUCUCUCCUUCUACAGAGUCUCCUCUGACAGACUGAUCCACCUCCACACCAUCAGAACCACAUUCACUGAACCUCUUUAUGCUGGGUUCAGGUUAUGGACUGGUUCCUCUUCAGUGUCUCUGGAUCCUCUGCAGGUCUGAGAGUCUCUCCUCAGCGUCUCUGGUUCCUCUGCAGGUCUGAGAUUGUAAAAGUUCUCUAAAAAUACAGGAAGCACAUUAUGAUGGUCUACUUCUGGUUAGGCUGGGCUUAUGAAAGCCAAUGUGAUAUGUUUGUAAUGAUAAGAGCUUUGUGUGUAUUGAAUUGGUAAAAUUAUUUUCAUCGGUUAAACCUUUUCUUUAAACCUCUGGACAAUCUUCUAAAAUACAAUCCUUAUGUCGUUGGUUAAAACCUUAACUUUCCUCUUCAGUUGCAACACACAAUUAUUCGAGAGUGCUUCUAUGGUGAACUACCCAGUGAAACCCUGUUAUUUGUUUUCCUCUCACUGUUGCUGACUUUAUAUCCUACCAGCAGAAGCAGAAUAAAAUGCACAUAUUAGGGUUC